UUCAUACGCAGCUCUCCCGAUUACGUCUCGUCGAUCCCGCUCAAUCGCUCCCCCCGAUCCGGGUCCGCGCCGCGGAAAAACUCCGUCAACCGUCCUCGUCCGUUUGGCGCCGCCGAGUCGAAAACAGUUUGCGAAUUUUUUUUUUUUUUUUAUUAUUUUAAUUAUUAUUAUUUUUUAUUAACUAUACAUGUAGUUUUUGAAAAAAAAAUUAAAAUCGUUUCCCUUUAUUCCGCCCACGCGGCCAAAACGACCGCGAUAUCGCGAAGUCCGGCGGGUCACUAUGAUCGGUCCGUCGCCGUCGCCGACGCUGUCGCUCGACCGGCCGGCGAAACGGAGCACGCCGGUCGUCCGGACCAAACGGUAAAUCGGCAAUAAUUAUCAUUAUUAUUACAACACUGCCGCGAAAACUACCUUUGUGAUCCGCAACUGACAAUCGUGUUUUAUAUUAUGUCACUCGUAUAAUAUAGAUCAUAUUUUUUUUUAAUUUUGUUCUGUUUUUAAUAAGUUCGCUCGAUCGUGUAUACUUAUCGCGCAAACGUUCACCGCAGAUUUUUUUUCGCGUCCGAUCUGCUACAGAUCGUCAGAGAUUUUAAUAAUCUCCAGUAAUCGCAGAUCCGCAACAUACGCCCGCGGCAACAAGAACGAUAAUACUAACAUAUUAUUGCUGCAGUUUACCGGCCGUCUAACUGCCCGCCGGAGGCGAACAGCAGUGUGAAUCGUCUGAAAAUCUCGCGUGCACGAGAAAAGCUCGGUAGAAGCCCACCGCCGCUGGCACGGACGGAGGGAAAACCGGCCAAAGGUCGACGGCAGGUCUAUCCGUGCAGACAUGGUGUGUGGCCGACGACGACGAAGCCGCCGCCGCUACGCACCUGAAUUCUCACCUGCUGCAUGAGUCGCGUUCAACCACUUACGUUAACAAAAAUAAUCCAGAGUGCUUUCGUUCUAUUAAUGGUGGUGUUGUGCGACAUUUGGAGGUGCGGCCCUGGCUAUGGAUUUGGGGUCCGACUAUACAACGAUUGCAGUAGUCGAAAUGUCAGGGUUGACUACCGGGGACGAGUUCUCGCCGACGACGAGACUUCGAAUCCAUUUCAAAACCUGACUGUCAAAUCCCUGGACUUCAGUAUUCGACUGUCGAUAUUCGCUGAGGAGUCGCAUCGGUAUUUGUGUUUCAACAACAAAUGGUCCCUUGUUGGUUCGAAACAUUUCCGCGGCCCCAAGUGUCUGUUCUACGAGGAGAUGCUUUCCACCGGGUACACACGGUACAAGUCGGUGGUCGACAAGUCGCGGUACAUAGGUUUCAACCGGCGGGGCCGUCCCAUGCGGCGGCACGUGUUCCACACGGACCCGCUGAACCGUUGCCUAAACUUCCUCAAGCUGGACACCAAGUUUGACAUCGGCGACCACAACCGCAAAGUGGCCGCUUCGUCGGGCAAGACCAUCGCGGUCGGCGGCAGCGGAGGCAAGCGCAACGGUGGGUCCAAGAAACCGAUUGCGUCGUCCGGUGGCGGUUACAACAGAAAAUUGCCAACGACCACCUCCACGACGACGACAACCACCACCACCACCACCACAACCACCACCACAACGACCACUACACCACCACCACCUCCACCACCAUCACCGUCAACACAUCCUUCUUCUAAACCACCAGUCAAGCACAGUCGAAUUCGGUUCAGACACAACCGACGCAACAGACACCGUCCCGAAGCCCUUCAAUCGUUAGAUCAAGACUAGAAUAGUAUUAUAUUAUUACUAUUAUUAUUAUUAUUAUUAUGACUAUUACUAUUAUUAUUAUAAUUAUAUUAUUAUCGUCAUCGUUAUAGUAUUCUCGUGACUCCAGACUCAUAAAAAACCAAGCAGUUAUCAUCACAAUUUUUACUAUUAUUAUUAUAAAUUUAAUAUUUAUAACGGAACGAAAUUCCCGAUCAUCAACGCAUAGGUCGUAGUUAUUUUUUAUAUUUUAUCUACGAACACCCGACGAUGUUGCUGCGAUUUAUAGGUAGAUAAUAUUAUAUAGGUUAAUGAUCGCGGUGGCGUUUGAGGUAUUUUUGCGUAGGUACACAAUCAAAACCCUCCUCGGGGGGACUAUUUUUCUUUAAAUGUUUUUUUAUCAUUAUAUUUAUAUUUGUUGCGUAAAUGCAAUGUUUAAACGUCGUUUUUUUUUUUCUGUUUGAUUUUCAAACGUAUCUCAGCUAACUGUGUUACUGCAGUCGUUGACGACACCGUGUGCUCGUCAUAAUGAUUCGAUUCGCGUGGUGCACUCAUUAUCCGGAGAGAGAUGAAAAAUCUGUGCUCGCGCGAUCGACUACGGAUUUUCCCGUCGCGUUUCCCGAAGAUAACCGAACGGUCCAGUGUUUGUAGGACCUAUGUACAAUAGUUUUAUAUUCGUACGAAAUCGGAUAAUCCAUUCUAUAUGCUAUGAUAUCAUACCGUUGCUCCGGGAGCACGUCUGACAUUCCGUUGGGCAUGUUACCGAUUUACAUUUUAUUAUUAUUAUUAUUAUUAUUAUUAUUAUAAUUAUAGGAAUUAAUAUUUAUUUUACCGCCCAAAGUAUAUUGUGCUUUAUUAUAAGCUGUUAUUUCCGCAUCUCCCCUUCUCGCGACGAUUGGCUCCUCGUUAAUCAUAAGAAUGACAACAAAUAUUACUCGCGUGUUACCUAUUAUAUAUAUUACUAUAUAUAAGUGGGUAACAUCAAUGUACCAUAUUGAAGCCAUCAGAACAAAAUGCACAUAGUUAAAAUGAAAGAGUCCAAUGCUAUUAUUUGAAUUGUCACGGAAAACAUGUUUAGUAAUAUUGUUUAGUAUGAUAAAUCUAGUCAAUAUUUCCUUUCCAUUAUAAGCACUUAUAAUCCACAACAUCAAGUAUAAAAUAAAAGCGUAAAAUGACGUAACAUUGUGUAGUAAUUUCACGCCUUAGAAAUAAAAUACGAAGUAACGAACGCGAUAGUAGAAUAUUGAACUAUAUAGUGUUAUGAUAUUAUAUAAUAUAUUAUAUUGUUUUGCGUAUCUAGAGCCUACAUAAAAUAUAACGAGUAAAACGUUCUCAAUACCAAAAAGUAUUAAUAUUUCUAAUU